AUGCCUUCUUCACCAAUUUUGCUUUCAUUAUCAACAAUAUUUGCUUUGAUUGGAUUUUCACUUGUUGUAUUAUCUACAUUUUCUGACCAAUGGUUGGAAUAUCAAGUUGAUCGCAAAUUUUUAAUAGAAAGGAAGGCAGAAUUAGACAAAAAAUAUGAACGGCAUUUUGUCUCAGAUCCUCUUUUUUAUUCACGUAAUCAAGGAUUGGCACAUCUUUGUUUUCCUGAUUUAGUGCCGAAUUCUAUUGGAUCUUAUUCUAAAUUUGGUUCUGUAUGUAUUACUAGCCCUGAUUUAUGGCCUGAUUCUGCACAAACACAAAAAUAUAAUGGAGCACAAAUGCAACGUUUGUGGAUGCAAAGAGGAAUGAUUUGUUUAUUUAUUGUUGGUUUGUGUGUUUGUGUAUUAGCUUUGGGUGUUGGAAUUGUUGGUUGUUAUAGAAGAAGUCCUAAACUUGUUGGGUGGACUGCAAUGAUGUUUUUACUUUCGGUUCUCUUUAUGAUUUUUGGCAUGCUUCUGUGGCACUAUGUAAAUUAUAUGGAGAGAAAAGUUUUGGAUAUGUAUCCCUUCUACCAAGAUUGGCCUCGAGUAUUUUCUCUAAACAUUUAUUUAAAUAAAUUUGUAAAUUUCAAGUCAUUAAAACAAGCUACCCGAAUAACUUUUGGUUGGUCGUAUAUUGUUUGUUGGGUAGGUAUUGGAUGUUCAGCAUUUACUGCCUUUCUUUUAUGGCUUAGUCGGCGUGCAAUUCGGGAUGAAGAAGAAAGUUUAUAUGAACAAAAACAUGCUCAAUAUUUGCAACAACAAUAUUAUGGAGGGGGAGCUCCCUCUGACAAAUCACUUGUUCCAUUAACUGCCGCUACACUUCCCCCUCAUUAUGGUUAUGGAACUUAUGGCUAUGGAGGUUAUCCUGCCUAUUAUGGGCAAUAUGCAGCAUCUCCAUAUGGAUUAUAUGGAGGAUAUUAUGCACCUGUUUAAAUCAAAAAUUCUUGGAAAUUAAAAGAAAUUAAAGAAAAAAACGAAAUUAAUAAAGC